AUGCGAACACAGUUUGUGGAGAGGGUGACAGCAGAAAAUCUCACACAGCUACUUGAAGCUCUUGUAACAGACAAUGUCUUGAAUGAGUUGGAGAAAGAAAGGAUACAGGAAAUGAACCAAAGUAGAGCAGACAAGGCACGCGACUUCAUUGACACCGUGAAGAAAAAGGGAGAAAAAGCCUGCAGGAUAAUGAUCAGUCACCUUCGAACCAUUGAUGCUACAGUUUCCUGUCAGCUAGGAUUCUCCAGCAGGUGUCAGAAUAAUCUUAAAUCUCUGCUGAAGAAGAAGUUCCAGUGUGUGUUUGAGGGCAUCGCUAAAGCAGGAAAUCCAGCCCUUCUGAAUCAGAUCUACACAGAGCUCUACAUCACAGAGGGAGGGACUGCAGAGGUCAAUAAUGAACAUGAGGUCAUACAGAUUGAAACAGCAUCAAGAAAACCAUACAGACCAGAAACAACAAUAAGAUUAGAAGACAUCUUUAAAGGCCGACCUGGAAAAGAACAACCAGUCAGAAGAGUACUAACUAUGGGAGGGGCAGGCUUUGGGAAAACUUUGUUAACACAGAAGUUCACUCUGGACUGGGCUGAAGACAAAACCAACCAGGACAUUCAGUUCAUAUUUCCAUUCCCUUUCAGAGAGCUGAAUGUGCUGAAGGAGAAAAAGUUCAGCUUGGUGGAACUUAUCCAUCUCUUCUUUACUGAACCCAAAGAAGCAGGAAUCUGCAGGUUUGAAGACUUCCAGGUUGUGUUCAUCUUUGAUGGUCUGGAUGAGUGUCGACUUCCUCUGGACUUCCACAAUACAGAAAUCCUGACUGACCCCAGAGAGUCCACUUCUGUAGUUUUACUACUGACAAACCUCAUCAAGGGCAACCUGCUUCCCUCUGCUCACCUCUGGAUAACCACACGACCUGCAGCAGCCAAUCAGAUCCCUUCUGACUGUGUUGACAUGGUGACAGAAAUUAGAGGGUUCACUGACCCACAGAAGGAGGAGUACUUCAAGAAGAGAUUCACAAAUGAGAAGCAUUCCAGGAGCAUCAUCUCCCACAUCAAGACAACGCGAACUCUCCACAUCAUGUGCCACAUCCCAGUCUUCUGCUGGAUCACUGCUACAGUUCUCAAGCACAUGUUGAGAACCACAGAGGUGAGAAAGCUGCCCAAGACCCUGACUGAGAUGUAUAUCCACUUCUUGGUGGUUCAGGUCAAAGUGAAGAAGGUCAAGUAUGAUGGAGGAGCUGAGACAGAUCCACACUGGAGUCCAGAGAGCAGGAAGAUGAUUGAAUCUCUGGGAAAACUGGCUUUUGAUCAGCUGCAGAAAGGAAACCUGAUCUUCUAUGAAUCAGAUCUGACAGAGUGUGGCAUCGAUAUCAGAGCAGCCUCAGUGUACUCAGGAGUGUUCACACAGAUCUUUAAAGAGGAGAGAGGACUGUACCAGGACAAAGUGUACUGCUUCAUCCAUCUGAGUGUUCAGGAGUUUUUGGCUGCUCUUCAUGUUCAUCUGACUUUCAUCCACUCUGGAGUCAAUCUGCUGGAAGAACAACAAACUGGGGCACACUUCUACCAGACUGCUGUGGACAAUGCUUUACAGAGUCCAAAUGGACACCUGGACUUGUUUCUUCGCUUCCUCCUGGGUCUAUCACUGCAGACCAAUCAGAGUCUCCUACAAGGCCUGCUGACACAGACAAGUAGUCCACAGACCAAUCAGGAAAGAGUUCAGUACAUCAAGAUGAAGCUCAAUGAGAAUCUGUCUCCAGAGAAAAGCAUCAACCUGUUCCACUGUCUGAAUGAACUGUAUGAUCGAUCUCUAGUGAAGGAGAUCCAAAAUUACCUGAGAUCAGGAAGUCUCUCCAUGGAUAAACUGUCUCCUGCUCAGUGGUCAGCUGUGGUCUUCACCUUACUUUCAUCAGAAGAUCUGGAUGAGUUUGACCUGAAGAAAUACUCUGCUUCAGAGGAGGCUCUUCUGAGACUGAUGCCAGUGGUCAAAGCUUCCAAUAAAGCUCUACUGAGUGGCUGUAACCUGUCAGAGAGAAGCUGUGGAGCUCUAUCCUCAGUUAGCCUGGAGUCCUCUAAUUUAAUUGAGCUGGACCUGAAUAACAAUGAUCUGAAGGAUUCAGGAGUGAUGCUACUAUCUUCUGGAUUGAAGAGUCUGCAGUGUAAUCUCUACAUUCUCAGGCUGUCAGGCUGUCUAAUCACAGAGCAUGGUUGCACUUCUCUGGCCUCAGCUUUGCACUCCAACUCCCAACUGAGAGAGUUGGACCUGAGCUAUAACCAUCCAGGAGAGGCAGGAGAGAAGCAGCUGAAGCAGCUGAGAAUGGAUAUCAGGGUCAUUCUGGAGCCUGCUGGAGUCCGAUGGUUGAGACCAGGUCUGAGGAAGUAUUCUUGUCAACUCACAAUCGACACAAACACAGUAAAUAAAAACCUCAAACUGUCUGACAACAACAGGAAGGUGACACAUGUGAAGAAGAUUCAGUCAUAUCCUGAUCAUCCAGACCGAUUUGAUGACUGUCCUCAGCUGCUCUGCACAGAUCCUCUGACUGGUCGCUGUUACUGGGAGGUCGAGUGGAGAGGAGACAUUGAAAUAUCAGUGAGUUACAGAGGAAUCAGAAGGAAAGGACACAUAACAGACUGUGGGUUUGGAUCGAAUGAUCAAUCUUGGAGUCUGAGGUGCUCUGACAAUGGUUACUCUGUGUGGCACAGUAAGCGACAAAUAUGCAGCACCUCCUCCUCCUCUGAAUUUGACAUAGUAGCAGUGUGUGUGGACUGUCUUGCUGGCACUGUGUCCUUCUACAGGAUCUCCUCAGACAAUCUCAUCCACCUCCACACCCUCAAAAUUACAAUUACUGAACCUCUUUAUCCUGGAUUUAGGCUACGGUCCAAUACUCUAUCCUCUGUUUCCCCCCCUUUUAGGCAAACUUUUGUUAGACUAUUAAAGAUAUAAGAAUGCUUCUUCCAGUUAUUUUUCUCCCUGCAACAGCAUUGCUAUGUAAAGCAGUGGUGCAGCACCAAAUGCAA